GAUGGCGCCAGAAUUCCGUGCACUGCACCAGAGUGACAAAAAUAAAAUGGCCUCAGUAUGCUAUUUCGGACUUCUCCUUCACGCUCCAUCGUGUGCACGAGCAUUGAGCGCCCUGGUCUAUGAGUCGUUCAUUAUCUCGCUCUUCAUCGCGGGCCAAAUCCUCCAAGAGUCUCGGAGACGAUUCUGGACGCGAACCGCCUGUCAACAUCAAUGAUGCGGAAGCGCCAUUCCCUCAGUCGAGCGGAGGUCUACAUCGUGGCCUGUCGGCGCGCCAAGUACAAAUGAUCGCAAUCGCUGGCACUAUUGGAACUGGACUCUUCCUAGGAACCGGGAGAUCUCUUGCCCAAGGUGGUCCUGCGAGCAUGCUGAUUUGCUAUGGCAUAGUGGGAUUCAUUGUAUACGUGACGUUGUUGCUACUAGGGGAGAUGGCUACACAGUACCCGGUGGCCGGGUCAUUUAACGCCUAUGCGACGCGCUUUUUCUCGCCGUCUUACGGUUUUGCGCUAUCGUGGAAUUACUGGUUCAAUGAUGCAGUGUCUGUCGCCUCCGAUCUCACUGCUGCCCAGCUGGUGUUACAAUUCUGGACGACAUCGCAUCCUUGGGUGGUCAGCCUGCUCUUUUGGGUGUUCCUUGUAUCAAUCAAUGCCUCUCAUGUCAAGGCUUACGGAGAAUUGGAGUACUGGCUUUCAUUCCUCAAGGUCGCCACGAUUGUGGUCUUCAUUAUCGUUGGCAUCCUCGUCAAUAUCGGCGUCAACGAGUCACACACCUACAUCGGAACCCAAAACUGGCGUAUUCCUGGCGCUCCAUUUGUUGGCGGCUUUGGCGGUUUCGCCAAGGUUUUCGUAACAGCUAGUUUCGCAUACGGCGGAACAGAAAGUCUAGGUAUUACCGCAGGAGAAACGAAGAAUCCCUCGAAAAACAUGCCAAAGGUUGUUAAAUUUGUGUUCUGGAGAAUUCUGUUGUUCUAUGUUCUGAGCAUCCUGCUUAUCGGCCUGAACGUGCCAUGGGAUUACCCAAAUCUGUCGAAUAAAUCGACCACUACAUCUCCUUUUACGAUUGUAUUUACCCAAGCUGGUUCAACUGUGGCUGCAUCAUCUAUGAACACUGUCAUCCUGACCUCUGUUUUAUCCGCCGGUAACCACGCCCUUUUCGCGGGGACUAGAGUUCUGUAUGGUCUAUCAGUUGUUCACCCCAUCCCCCACGCACCCCGUAUAUUUUCUCGGACCACUCGAGCAGGUGUUCCCUUGUACGCACUACUUGCAACAAGUAGCAUUAGCGUGCUCUGUUUAGCCAGCAGUUAUAUUGGCAGCGGCCAGCUGUGGGGAUGGCUGCAAAACAUUGUUGGAGUCUCAAACCAGAUUGCCUGGUUAUCAAUCGGAUUGGCCAGUUGGAGGUUCAGGAAAGCCUGGAUCAGACAGGGUCGAUCUUUAGAUGAAAUGAAGUUUCGAGCAUCGUGGACCUGGCCAUGGGGUCCUUACUUUGUUAUUAUCACAGUGAUCGCCCUCAUUUUGAUCCAAGGAUGGUCCUCCGUAUUCCCCACAUUCUCACCAGUAGAUUUUGUCUCAUACUACAUCGAGAUACCCAUAAUGAUCGUCAUGGGCCUCUCCUGGGUCAUUGCUAAGAAUGCUUUCGUAGACUCCAUACCAGUCCCGGGCAACGUCUCCCUGGAUCCCCCUAAUGAGACGACAUCUCUGAUAUCCCAUGACGCUGGGACCCGAGGAACCCAUCACAAAUGGACGUCCGACAUUGUGGACAUCCAAACGAUUGACCUGUAUCGUGACGAAUAUGCCGACGAACCCUUGGAUGAAGUGGAGGAUGAAACAAAGGGCAGGAGACUCCAGCUUUUCUGGAGAUUGUAUGGUAUGCUGGCUUAGAUCUUGUAUAUGUAUUACUGAUAUCACUUCGCGUUGUGUAUACCAUGUACAUUCAGCACUGUAUUCUAUAAUUGUAUUCAACUAGUAACAUCUUAUUCUAUGGGCCCGAUCGCACCGCAGAUAGAACACGCGAGAACGCUCAAAACAAUUCUGCCGAUCUUUGACAGAACUU